AUGCCGUUUUUUGUUUACGGGCAUGGUGGAAUAGGCAAAACAUUCCUAUGGUCAACAAUAAUAUCAAAAUUGCAGUUUGAAGGUAAAAUUGUUCUCAUUAUUGCUAUGUCAGGUAUUGGUGCCUUGCUAUUACCAGGAGGAAGAACAUCCCAUUCACGUUUCAGGAUACCUUUGGAUGUAACUAAAAAGAGUACAUGUGAUAUUAAGAAAAUAACGCAAUUGGAAAAACUGAUUUUGACAACAUCUUUGAUAAUUUGGGAUGAAGCACUGAUUGCAAAUAGGUAUUGCUUUGAAGCACUUGAUAGAUCUUUGACGGACAUUUUGUCUGAUAAAGAUUCGUCAAAUGCUAAUAGAAUAUUUGGAGGCAUAACUGUUGCACUGGGUGGAGAUUUUAGACAGAUUUUACCAGUUAUACCAAAGGGGAAAAAAUAUGAUGUGAUGCAAGCAUGUUUAUCUUCAUCUCCCCUUUGGGAACAUGUCACCACGUUGAAGCUAACAGAAAAUAUGAGAUUGAAAAAGAAUUUCCAAUGCGAUGCAGAAUUGGAUGAGUUGACUACUUUUGAUAGAUGGUUAUUGCAAAUUGGUGAAGGAACAGGAGUAUCGGAAGAUGAAAGCUUUAUAGAAAUUCCUGAAGAUUUGAAACUUUCUCAACACAAAAAUCUAGAAGAAAGAAUUGUGAAUGUUGUUUUUCCGAAUCUAUCUACUGAGAUAGGCAAUGUUGAUUAUAUCAGAGAGAGGGCAAUAUUGACAGCCAAAAAUGAUACAGCACAUGAAUUGAAUGACUACAUUAUUCAAAAAUUGCAAUCAAAAUCAAAGAUCUAUUACAGUUCAGACAGCACUUGCAAAGUAGCAGGGACUUCAAAUGAUGAUGACAUUCUAUAUCCAAUAGAGUUCCUUAACACUUUGAUGUGCUCUAGUAUGCCAAACAAGAAUUGCAAUUAA